AGAGCCUGACGCAUUAGUGUCGUUGGUUGUGUGAUCGUAGAAGUAGUAGUUUGCGUAGAAGUCCUUGUAGUCGUUAUCCGCUCCCACCUGACCGAGCAGUGUUUCGGAAUUCCGUGUACGGUUCCGAAACCCCGAGCGGCUCUCCAUACGCUGCCCGUGCCACUGCCAGUUCCUCUGGUUGUGUCCGUGCGUGUCUGUCUGUCUCCCUGACAGUCGGUUGUCUGUGUGUGUAAGAGUGGUUUGAAUCGGUCGAGGUGAGCGGCUCUCCAGAGAAAAGCGCCGAGCGCUCCUCUACGAAGCUCGAAAGGAAGUGCCUAGGUCGAAAGGCUGGUUCGAUUGCCAGAGAUCCACUCGUUUCUUAUCUUCCAGAUCCAGUUAAACCCUGUAAUGUCGUCGAGGAGUAGGAAGCCAGAUUCGUCGAGUCCAUUCGACUUUUUUUUGUUGAGUGCAGAGGGUGUAGGCUGUGAGAGUUGCCAAUGUCGUCUCUGAACGCGAACCAUUCGCUUGGAGGAGAACCGCUGUGUUGUAACGGCAAUCAGGAGAAGCGGCCGUUACUCCGUGGUGAAGUUCCACAACCGGCCUCGACAAGCGUUAUAUCACGUAGAGACAUCGCCUCAGACGGAACCACGGCGAUCAUACAGAUUCCGUUGCCCGCGCCGGAACGCGCGGAGCCCCGCUACAAGCCCGAGAAGUUGAAAACGCUCGUAGCGUUUCUCUGGUCGAGCUUAUGCCUCAUAGCGAACCUGUUCGUGCUCGCGUACAUCCAUGAACGCGUGCCGCCCCGAACGGUGGCUCCGCUGCCGGACAUCUUCUUCGACAUAUUCCCGGUCGUGGAUCGGGCGCUCGAUGUGUCGGAAAUCAUCAUCAUCGCAUCUGUAUGGACAUGUAUACUGCUUAUAAUUUUGCAUCGAUACCGAUGGAUCGUCUUCCGCCGAGUGUCCAUCAUCAUGGGCUCGCUCUAUGCGAUGCGUGCCAUAACCAUGCUGGUGACUCAAGUGCCUGUAGCGUCGACUACGUACUUCUGCUCGCCGAAAGCGAACUCGACGAGCCUGUCGGUAAUAUUCCAGCGGGUGCUCAAACUCUACACCGGCUUCGGCUUGUCGAUCAACGGUCAGCACACUUACUGCGGCGACUACAUUUUCUCGGGACACACACUGAUCCUCACGAUGUGCUUCUUAAUCGUCAAGGAAUACUCGCCGCAGCGAUGCCGAAUCCUGCACAUUCUCUUUUUCUGCACGUCCUGUACGGGCGUAUUCCUCGUUCUACUCGCUCGAGGCCACUACACGAUCGACGUUAUUCUGGGCUACUACGUCACGACAAGGGUUUUCUGGAUCUACCAUAGUCUCUGCGCGAGCCAGCUUUCGACUAAGACCCAUCUCUCGUCGCAAACGGCCGUCAGUUAUCUCAGCCGGGUAUGGUGGUACCCGCUGUUCCUCUACUUCGAGAAGAAUGUCACAGGCCCCGUGCCGCGGCAGUACGAAUGGCCUCUGCCCUGGCCUCGGAAAUGGCUACCACGGUCGCGGAUCUCCUAGCACGGGGGAUGUUGCGGAGGCCGGAAUUCACUAUACCUCGUCGAGUUUACCCAUUGCAGUCGCCACAGCAGCAGCAGCAGCAGCAGCUCGGCCAGUGUCGGACCGGUGUUGGGAGACGAGACUGUGAGGCAUUAGAUCCGUUGAUCGGACCUCUCCGAGACGCAGGUCGUCGAGGACACAGCAAACCAGACUCAUCCCUCCGUCGCGCUCGACUCUGGGCGAGAGAAGAAAUUGUUAAUUUCCUCCGACCGAAGAGUUUUUCUCGGAGCCCAACAGCUCAGACACGGGCUGGAGCUCGAUCGAGAAAUAAUUAGUGUCAAAGUAGCCCAAUCUGUACAGAGAGACUCCUCAUUGAAGUGGCCAGUGAAAGAUUGAGUGAGGUCGAGGUGCAUCCACAGCUGAACAGAGCCAGAAUAGAAAAGGAUGCGUGAGCAUGUAAAGAAAAUAAUUAUUCAGCGCUUUCCGUCGCUCGACGGCUCGCCUCGGAACAGCUGUUUGUUAAUGACCGAUGAUCGUCUUAUUGGAGGAGCAAGCAGAUGAGACGAACCAACGGAGUUGACUCCUAGAGGAAGACGAACAACGGAGGCGAGAUCUCGGCAGAGAAAUAAUUUUUUUAAAGCUCGUCGACAAGAAUUCGUUCUGGAAUUCGAUCUUGGGGCUUAUCGAUCAUGAGUUGGCGGCAAUUAUGCAGUGAGUCGAAUCGCGCGGGGAAAAUCCAUUCUGAAUGCAUCCGAAUUGUCGAUUGAUGUUGGAACAUGAGCGUGCGAGCAAGAUAGACCCCAGUCCGAGUGGACCCGACGAAUAAGUUUGUGCGAUUAUUGUCGAACCCGUGUGUCUGUUGAAAAACUGAUCGAUAUGCAUCCGCCUUCUAGAUCGGGUCUUCACUGAUUCUCCUAGAAAUCAUCAAAAAAUCGACUGACAUAAUAAUAAUAUUAAUGUUUUUUAAUGGAGCUGAAAUAGAGCCGACAGGAUUCCGUGAUAUCUA